GAAGAAUAUUCGACAGAUUAAAUUCAGAAUUCGAGGCACGCGUGGAGUGUGAGGUUUACGAAUUAUUUUUUUUUUCUUUCUCAGACAUAUAAAAUAAGCUGUGCCGAGGCAGAAUGAUUUCCAGCAUUUCCUUUCUUGUUCUGCUUGUGCUUGUAACAAUUUUGAACCAAACGGAAGGAGGAGGAGGAGGUGACGGUGGACAUCACCACAUAAUAAUUCACGUGCCAUAUCAUGUAAAAAAAAUCAAGCACACCCACACAAUUACGAAGCAUGUACAUCACGGUGGUGGAGAUAAAUAUGAAGUCCUAGGAUACACGGUAGGUCAGCCAAUAAAAAUUGGAGGUUUCGGUGGUCACGAAAGUCACGAAGGACAUGGUGAAUUUAAUCUUCACAAUGGUUACGGUGGCGGUGGACAAGAGAAUCAAGAAAUUCAUUACGGAAGUCAUGGAGGUCAUAAUUUUGAACAAGUUGGCAAUGAACUCAGUCAGGAUGGUUUUCAUUUAGGAGGACACGAAGAAUUUUCAUAUGGAGGUGGAGGAGGUGGUAGUAGUGGUGGUGAAAUUCAUGAAGAACAUCAAUCCGGAUAUUGAAAAUUUAACGAAAAGUAAAAUUUUGUACCAAAUAAUUUUUACUUGAGUCAAUUAAAUUGUAUUUGCUUCAAUUACUAAAAUUAUUGGUUCAAAUAUGAUUUUUUUGAAUCAAAUGCAUUUUUUUCAGUCUAUUACUUGAUAGUU